AUGAACAGCAUCACCACCAACCGGUCGGACUUUCCAGAACAUGAACUCACUCCACGUGAAAGUUUCAAACCUGCAGCCACAGCCCUACAUACUGAUGUACCAUUUGAUGGCAACACCACCAAUCGGGCUGAUUAUCCAGAACAUGAAAUUCAGACACGGGUCAAACGGCUUCAACAGGAGUAUGUAAAGCCCGAGGGGAAGAUGGAAGGUGCAACAACUAACAGGUCUGAUUACCCUGAGCAUGCCAUUUCGCAAAGAGUGAGUUAUAAGCCCGUUCAUUCUGUCCAGAAGUCUGAUGAUCCGUUUGAUGAUAAGACCACUACCCGUGAAGAUUACCCUGAGCACAAUAUAGAGCCAAGAGGUAAAAGGGAGGCCCAUCCAUACAUCAAGCCUGAAGGUGCAAUGGAAAGCACCACAUCCAAUCGACUGGACUACCCUGAACAUGCAUUGUCUCAACGGGAGAGUUUCAAACCGACUGAUGCAGUUCAAAGAUCGAAUAUCCCUUUUGAUGAUCAGACAACAGCGAGAAUGGACUACCCAGAGCAUCAGAUUGAGCCAAGACAAAGGAGAGAGCAUUUAAAGUAUGUAAAACCAGAUGGAGAAAUGAACAGCAUCACCACCAACCGGUCGGACUUUCCAGAACAUGAACUCACUCCACGUGAAAGUUUCAAACCUGCAACCACAGCCCUACAUACUGAUGUACCAUUUGAUGGCAACACCACCAAUCGGGCUGAUUAUCCAGAACAUGAAAUUCAGACACGGGUCAAACGGCUUCAACAGGAGUAUGUAAAGCCCGAGGGGAAGAUGGAAGGUGCAACAACUAACAGGUCUGAUUACCCUGAGCAUGCCAUUUCGCAAAGAGUGAGUUAUAAGCCCGUUCAUUCUGUCCAGAAGUCUGAUGAUCCGUUUGAUGAUAAGACCACUACCCGUGAAGAUUACCCUGAGCACAAUAUAGAGCCAAGAGGUAAAAGGGAGGCCCAUCCAUACAUCAAGCCUGAAGGUGCAAUGGAAAGCACCACAUCCAAUCGACUGGACUACCCUGAACAUGCAUUGUCUCAACGGGAGAGUUUCAAACCGACUGAUGCAGUUCAAAGAUCGAAUGUCCCUUUUGAUGAUCAGACAACAGCGAGAAUGGACUACCCAGAGCAUCAGAUUGAGCCAAGACAAAGGAGAGAGCAUUUAAAGUAUGUAAAACCAGAUGGAGAAAUGAACAGCAUCACCACCAACCGGUCGGACUUUCCAGAACAUGAACUCACUCCACGUGAAAGUUUCAAACCUGCAGCCACAGCCCUACAUACUGAUGUACCAUUUGAUGGCAACACCACCAAUCGGGCUGAUUAUCCAGAACAUGAAAUUCAGACACGGGCCAAAUGGCUUCCACAGGAGUAUGUAAAGCCCGAGGGGAAGAUGGAAGGUGCAACAACUAACAGGUCUGAUUACCCUGAGCAUGUCAUUUCGCAAAGAGUGAGUUAUAAGCCCGUUCAUUCUGUCCAGAAGUCUGAUGAUCCGUUUGAUGAUAAGACCACUACCCGUGAAGAUUACCCUGAGCACAAUAUAGAGCCAAGAGGUAAAAGGGAGGCCCAUCCAUACAUCAAGCCUGAAGGUGCAAUGGAAAGCACCACAUCCAAUCGACUGGACUACCCUGAACAUGCAUUGUCUCAACGGGAGAGUUUCAAACCGACUGAUGCAGUUCAAAGAUCGAAUGUCCCUUUUGAUGAUCAGACAACAGCAAGAAUGGACUACCCAGAGCAUCAGAUUGAGCCAAGACAAAGGAGAGAGCAUUUAAAGUAUGUAAAACCAGAUGGAGAAAUGAACAGCAUCACCACCAACCGGUCGGACUUUCCAGAACAUGAACUCACUCCACGUGAAAGUUUCAAACCUGCAGCCACAGCCCUACAUACUGAUGUACCAUUUGAUGGCAACACCACCAAUCGGGCUGAUUAUCCAGAACAUGAAAUUCAGACACGGGCCAAAUGGCUUCCACAGGAGUAUGUAAAGCCCGAGGGGAAGAUGGAAGGUGCAACAACUAACAGGUCUGAUUACCCUGAGCAUGUCAUUUCGCAAAGAGUGAGUUAUAAGCCCGUUCAUUCUGUCCAGAAGUCUGAUGAUCCGUUUGAUGAUAAGACCACUACCCGUGAAGAUUACCCUGAGCACAAUAUAGAGCCAAGAGGUAAAAGGGAGGCCCAUCCAUACAUCAAGCCUGAAGGUGCAAUGGAAAGCACCACAUCCAAUCGACUGGACUACCCUGAACAUGCAUUGUCUCAACGGGAGAGUUUCAAACCGACUGAUGCAGUUCAAAGAUCGAAUGUCCCUUUUGAUGAUCAGACAACAGCAAGAAUGGACUACCAAGAGCAUCAGAUUGAACCCAGAAGAAUCAAAGAACCGGUUCAGUAUGUGAGACCAGAAGGCAAGUUUGAAGCAAUGUCCACAAACAGAUCUGAAUUCAUUGAACAUGAAAUCACCCCUAGGGAAAGUUAUAAGCCACGCAAUGAACCUCUUCAAACCGGAGUUCCUUUAAAUGAUCAAACUACGAACAAGUUCGAUUAUUGUGAACAUAAGGUUGAGCCUAGAAUAGCUAUACAGAAGAAUCCUUACAAGAAGCCAGAAGGUGAUAUGAAUUUCAGCACUACAAACAGGGACAACUACACUGAAAAGGCAGCAGUCAGGGAGCCAGUCAAACGUCCAGAGUCUGCACACAUCAUGGAAAUAAAUGGACAGUUUGAUUCAGGAACAAGCUAUGGAUCUGAUUUUAAGGGCCAUGACAUUACCCCUCGUGAACUGUUGAACAAGAAGGAAAGUUAUCAGCGACCAACAGUGUCCAUGGCGACAGCUUCUAGUCAACAACUUGACUAUCCCAAACAUCAGCUACCACCAAAGGUUCCUCACAAAGUGGUUCCAUACACAGCUCCAACUGUGAAGUUUGUUGGGAGUACAACAACAUCUGACAGCUUCAAGGGGGAUUUUGUACCAAAGCAAAAGAGUUAUAAGCCCAGUGGGGAACCCUAUCGAUCAAAUGUUCCAUUAGAUGGAACAACCACGGCCAGGAAUGAUUACCAAGAACACAAGAUUGAACCACGCAAAGUCGUUGUUCCCGAACCGUACAGGAAGCCUGAUGGCUCGAUGGACUUUAGCACAAUAAAUCAACAGCAGUUUACUUCAAAAGCAUCGCCAAGAGAAACCAUCAAGAGACAAGAGUCAUCCCACAUCAUGGAAAUGAAGGGUAAAUUUGAAGGCUCUACACGGUAUAAUGCUGACUUUGUAUCCCAUGGUGUACAUCCAAGAGAGACUGUCAAGAAAAGCCAGGACUAUGUACCUCCAGCUGUGAAGAUGGAAGGCAAUACCACCAAUAGAAUGGCCUUCACUGAGAAAAGCAUUGAACCAAGGCAAAGUUUCAAGCCCCCCACUGAUGUUCCAAAGCUUGAUAUUCCUUUUGAUGGUAGAACUGGUUACAGUGACACCUUUGUUGGUCACGAAAUCCAGCCCAAACAGCUGAAGGCAAAAUCUGAGUAUAUUGCCCCAGCCACGAAAUUCUCUGGUUCAACAACAACUGGUGAUAGCUACAAAGGAGUGUUUGCCCCCAAGCAGCAGAGCUACAGACCCAGUAUGGAACCUUACACAUCUGGUGUUCCUUUGGAGGGUACAACUACAGCCAAACAGGAUUUCAAGGCACAUAAAGUGGAGCCAAGGUGGGUCAAAGAGAGACAGGCUUAUACAACGCCAGAGGGAGGAUUUGAUUUCAACACAACGAACAGAAUAAACUUUACAGCUAAGGACACACCAAGGCAACAAACUGUUACCAAACCUUUGUCAUCUGGAGUCAUGAAGAGUGGUGGUCAGUUUGAGGGCUCAACCAGUUAUGGUGCUGACUUUAAAACCCAUGACCUCGCUUCCCGACCUGUAAAGAAGAAUCCAGAAUAUGUGUCUCCAGCAGUACCUAUGGCCAGUGACACGACAAGCAAGAGAGACUUCACAGAGCAUACUUUGACUCAGAGGCAGAAUUUCAAACCAACACACACAGUCCAGAAGUCACAGGAACCUUUCAUGGGUAGCACGGGUUAUAGGGAUACAUUUAAGGAACAUCAGUUAUCUCAAAAGACAAUCAAGCAGAAGGAAGAAUAUAAUUAUCCAAAAGAACCAUUCCAUGGCGUCACAACAAAUAUGCAAGACUUCACAGGCACGACGGUUCCCAAAAGAACGGCACUUAAACCAGCUGAAAAUACAUUAAGGUCAAGUGCUCCUGUAGAGAGUACCACCACAGCAAGGCGUGAUUACGGUAGUUACCAGGUUGGGAGUCGACCUGUGAAGAGACAAGAUGCUUAUGUCCGACCUGAGGGACAGAUGGAUCUUAGAACGACAAACAAUGAGUACUUUAAACAGCCGGAAACUACAGGGAGACAGGCUUCUAAAAGACCCACGUCAUCUGGAGCACUUAAGUUCGAAGGAAAAAUUGAUUUUGGAACAAACUACAGCAAUAGUUUCCAGAAGUCAGAAGCAGCAAAUCGUCCUGAACGGAAAGUAAAAGAAGCCUUUGUCCCGAAUCCCGUACCCUUUCAGGGUAUGACAACUCAUCAGGCUGAGUUCAUAAACCGCCAUGGCUCCAAAGCCAACAGCUUCAAACCUGCUCCGGUACCUUUCUCGAGUAACGCAAAGUUCGAUAGCUCUACAACGUACAGCGCUGAUUUCCACAAAGGAACUCCUCCUUGGAUGACGAACGUCCCUGGACCAGCUGCUGUUGGUGCACAAGCGUGAAUGAAUGAACUGAACUGAUCCAUGAACUGAAUAAGACAAGAAUCUCACAAUGUGUCAUAUCCGUAACAAUCACUACAUGCACUUUGCUUUUUCAGUCCGCUUUGCCCAACAAAUUCUCAGCAAAGGCAAUAUGUCAGAGUAGCAAAAUUCUCAUCUUAUUUCGCAAUACACGUUUUACCUCCAUAGUAUAUAGAAACACUUAUUUUAACCGAUAUUUUAUGAGCAAGAAUUUUUUUCAUUUUUGUCUUCUUAGGUUUAAUUCCUUUUUAUUCUUAUAUUGUUUAAUUAUUUUUGCUUUUUGAAGAUCUUAACGCUCUGCCCCUUAAAGGCAAUUUUCAAUUUCUUUCAUCAAACAAUUGAGGUUGAGAUGAAAUUAAACAUUUCAUUUGCUUUUUACUUUAUAUAUUUUCGUUAGUAUAUACGUGCUAUUCUAUAUAUGUAGUUACUUGAUAUAUUUAUUGUGAUGUGAAAAUUAUUUUAUACAGACUUUUAUUUGUCUUGUUAUUUUGACAGUAUAGUUUGUUCUUUUCUGUUGUUAUCUGGAGGCACAUAUUGAUUCACCACACUAUCGAUGGCCUGACCUAAGGGAAGUAACUCUGUAUAGCGUGGUGUUACAACAUUUCCCAAAGACCUGAUUCAUUCAUUUUUUAUGUUUUACGCAACUACUGUUGCGUUCUCAUUUCAGAAAAUGAUAAAUUUUGGUCUUUAAGGAAAUCCUCCAUACAUGUGACUUUCCUGUGGGAUAUUUCUUUAGCUUUUGCAUUGCAAUACGUGUCUUUUUAGGUUUGUUUCUCAAAACGAAUGUUUGAUGUUUUACACUAUCUUGGUGUAUGUAACAGAGACAACGAAUGUUGGUAUUCAUAAACAAAUAAAAAAUGUUUCAAAUUUUGAGGCACAUAUUUUAACAAAAGUGAUUUCAAUUAAACAAUGUGUGUAAAUAUAGACAGGUCUUCCUUUCAAGGGCACACGCAGCUCUGUAGACAUGUUUCACAACCUAGUCUAUGCGUUCACCCUAGGCUUAGUGAUGCUACGCACUUCUUCAUCGCCAGUUAGUUUAGAUAGUACUUUGAUGUAGUACUUAUGUCCAGAAUAUGUCCAUCUCAGAUGAUUGUUCAAAAUUUUCGUUUCGAUUUCGAACUUUUUGUAUACUGAGAAAAGGUAUAUUCCUUCGGAAAUCUUCGGAAAUUUCAUUGUUUUCGGAAAUUGCCGAAAAUUGCCGAAAUUCACGAUGGUGCUUUCCCGUCUGAAUAUGAAAUCAUGUUCCAUGAUAUGUAUUCACACUGAAUAUAUUUUAUUUAUAUUCCAUCGAAAUUAACAACUUUUAGGUACACUCAUAAUAUUCGAAAACUCGAUGUUUCGCGGUAUAAGGUUAUUUUAUGUUAUCUUCAUCUCACUCUUGAUGGUAUUUUCGAGAUUAACAUAAUUUCAUCAUUUGUGCUUUUUAAUCCAUAUUUUCGUGCCAAAAACAUAGUUUUCGAUGGAAUAUUUCAUAAUAUAUUGGCUGAAAUCUGUGAUAGAUGUCCAUAAUAAAUUCAUUACUGGUUGUUGGUAUAAUAAAUAUUAAUCCUUGUA